AUGCGCCCUCGCACACCAACCACGUGCACCACGAGCCUGGGUGGUGGUGGUGGUAGUGGUCGUGGUGGGUGGGAGGGAGGGAGGAAGGGUGGCAUGCUAUCUUGCGCACAGCUGGGUUAUCGCCAUCUUAAACCCCCACCAUUCGCAUGCUUCUCCAUCGUACAGGUGUUCAUUUGGACCCCUCUCCAAUCGACAGUUCCUCCCCUCCCAGUCUUCUCCCAAACGGGUAAAUUAUUUGCCGGCAAUGGACUCAGGUGUGGACUCGACAGGUGCUGCAGCCUUGAAACUGCAAUCCACCCCUUCCACAAGUUCAAGAGCUACUGGAUGUCCCCCACUCCCACCCUCGCAUCGCUCAGUCGUCCGAUAAUAACAAGAUGA